AUGGCAGUAGAUGUUAAUUCAGCUUUGAAUAGAGCAUAUGAGGAACUGAGAAAUAUUGACUUGGAUUUGUCAACAUUAUCAGGGGUCCAGGAUCGGUUCAGCACUAGGAAGCGAAGUGCUAACGAUUCUGGAAAUGUUACAAAUGCAUCAAAUGAUCGUCGAAUUCUUGAUGGUGGCCGAAGAAUAAUUGUCGGGCCAGAGGGCAGUGCAAAGCGUUCUCGUCAUGAUGAUGAUCCUUGGAAUGAACAGCAUCAACACAAUCGCUACCCACAACGUGAUUAUUCCCCUCCUUCUUUACGUCCUCAACGUACUUUGUCUAGUGUUAUAAUGUCGUCGACAAGUGGAGCGUUUACAAUUGAGACCAAGUCGCGGACUGCUGUUAUCACCGAGAAGAAGAAAAGUGAAACGAAAGAGGAUGCUGUCCGAAACCGACGUCUUUUUUCCAAUCUUUUGGUAGGUACUUUACGACAAUUUCAGAAGGAAGAAAAGACUGUUGGGGUUAAAGGACAGGCACAGCUUGAAAAGCAGAGAGAGGUUGAGCGUCGCUUAGAAGAAAAUGAAAAAGAAAAUCGUGAGAGAUUGUUACGCGAACGUGAUUCUUUAAUGGAAAAACGACGUGAUAAGGAAAUGCAAAUUCAGGCACUUCGCCGUCAAAAAGCUAUUGAGCAAUCGGCGGAGGAGAAAACUAAACAUUUCCAAAGACUUGCAUGUUUUAUUCAGACACAAACUAAACCUCCACUUUUCUUUUUGCCGUCAAAACAUACUUUGAGAACUUUGGAAUUACUUAAAGAUUCUUCUAAGAAAAUUGAAACAUUGAUUGAACUUCGUCGUGAAGAAAUGGAUCGUGAACUUAAACGUUUGGGAACAUAUAUAAUUGGCGGCAAUGGAGUUGUGAUGAAACAAGAAAUUGAAGAGGAUUCUGAUGAUGAGAAUUCAAAACAAAGAAAUGGGGGAAGUGGACAUCCAUUAAAAUCAACAAUUGUUGUUAAAAAAGAACAGCAACAGAUUGAUGAAAAUGAAGUCAAUAUUGGUCCAAUAAUUGUUUCAAGUGCAAAUCGUGAAAAUAAUAAAAAUAUGGAAGGGGAAGGAGGAGAGGAGGAAACUCCCCUUCAACCAACAAAAAGUGUUGUGAUUGAUGGUGAUGAGGAGGAGGGUAAUAAUGAUAAUAUUGAAGAUAAUAAUAAUAAUGUUAUUGAUGAUGUUGCUGUUAAUACUGAUAGAAAUGGAGAUAAUGACAAUGCAUUUGAAGGCCAAGACGAGUCUGGUGGGAAUAUUUAAAAAUAGUAAGUGUGUGUUUAAGAUUUUUUGGGGUUUAAGAAAGGUAAGUAUUUAGAGUUUUUUUUGAAUGUUUUGAGGGGAGGGGUGGGUUGAUGAGAAUUAUAUUUAAGUAAGUAUACGCACAUAUAUUUUCCUUUUUUGUUCAAUUCAUUUUUAAAUAUAUCCACAUUUUUUGCAACAUUUGAAUAAAUUUGUUUUUUUACGAGAAUUUUAUGUUUAAUUAAAAUAAUUGUAUUUAAUUUACAAUUAAAAAAAUUUUUUUUAAAUAUUUUUCUUUCAAUAUAUAAAAUUCCCUUCAAUUUUCUUAAAACUAAUAAAAUCUUUAGUCUUUUUCUCCUAGUCAAUCUAUCAAGUUUUUUUUAUUUCUUUUCGAUUUUUUAUUAUUUUACGAGAUACUUGCCUUGGCUUUUUUUAUUCAAU